AUGAACAGCGACGACGAGGACCGCUACGCGGAGCCGCGACGAGGGCGCAGCCCCACGCCCCCAGAGCGCGGGCGCCGCGGCGGCGGCAGCCGCGACCGGGGCGGCGGCCGGAGCCGCGACAGGAGCCGCGACCGGGGAGGCGGCCGCGGCGGGAAGGACGGCGGCAAGGGCAGAGGGCCUCGCACGACUGGGAGGGAGAUCCCGAGCCUGUACUCCAUCCACAAGGGCACCAUCGUCUCCGUGCAGCAGUACGGCGCGUUCUGCAGGCUGGGCGACGGCUCGAAGUUCAAGGACGGCCUGAUCCACAUCUCGCGGUUGUCAGCCUCGGGGCGGGUCGAUAGCGUGGAGGACGUCGUCUCAAAGGACGACGCCGUCUGGGUCAAGGUGGUCGAGAUCAAGGAAGAGGAUGGCAAGUACUCCCUGGACAUGCGGUACGUCUCCCAGCGGGACGGCGAGGACAAGGAUCCGAAUAACACCCAGGUGGAGCUCGGCAAGGGCGGCGGCAAGGGCAAGCCGGAUCCGAUCCGCAUCGGUGCGGUGCAGGCCACCACUUGCUCGCGCUGCGGCGCCAGGGGUCAUGGCGCCCGCGAGUGCUUUGCGGCCAGCGGCAAGCAGUACUCGCUGGUCGAGGAGGCCGCGGACCCGGACCCCCAGCCUCCCGAGGCACCAGUUGCUAAGGGCUCCCUUGCGUCCGAGCACGACCCAAAGAUUGUCAAGGCUGCCCUCGAGGCAUACUUGAAGAGGAAGGCGGCGGGCGCUGCAUCUUCGUCGAGCUCCUCCUCGUCCUCUUCCACGGGCAAGAAAAAGAAGAAGAAGGAGAAGAAGAAGCUGAAGAAGAUGCAGAAGAAGGAGAAGAAAAAGGAGAAGAAGGAGAAGAAAAAGGAGAAGAAGGAGCAGAAGAAGGCGGACAAGGCUGCCAAGAAGGAUGCGAAAGCGUAG